AAGAAUUUGUUAGGGUUUACUUGUUCGUUCGAAAUUGGGGAAGGGUGAAUUUUAGAGUUUUCUUGAUCAUUCGAAUUUGAGCAAGAAAGAAAAAUAGAGUAUAAAGGUGAGCACGCCCCUGCUCUCACCAAAAUCGGCGGUGAAGCACAAAUGGGGGAAUUAAUAUGCAGAAGCCUCCGAGAUGGAGCAUUAGAAGGCGAGCACGCCCCUGCUCUCACCUUAAAGGACUCCAUUGAAUCGCCUCUCGGACCAGUUGUUUUCGAUCACAUUCUCUCCCAGCUUUUUCCCAGCAUAUCGGCCGGUAAAUCGCAGUCUCGAGGAAUUCUGUUGGUAGCUUUAACUCGGCCUCCGUCAUUCUAUGCUGAAUUGCUCAAAUGUAGAGGAAAUGACGGCUAUUCUUCAAAUAAAUGGCUUAGUGUUUUGGAUUGUUACACGGAUCCUUUAGGGUGGAAAACCCGGCUCAUGGAGAGUGGGACUGUUAAGAAUACCUCUGUAGAGACUUUGGUUACGGCUACCAAAUUCACCCAAAUGAAGGACUCAAAUAAGUUAUUGACUGCAAUUAUUGAACGAGGAAAAGAAAUUGUUGGGGAAGGAAAAGGACGAUUUUCAGUUGCCAUAGAUUCGGUAAGUGAGAUGCUUAGGCACUCAUCCAUUCAUUCGGUAGCCAGAAUUUUGAGCUGCCUGCGUAGUCAUGACCUGGUUUCGAGCAUGUUUUACUUGUUGAAUUCAGACCUUCAUGAGACCAAAGCUGCUUCUACUCUUGAAUAUUUGUCUACAAUAUGUGCUGAUAUAGUACCAGUGCCUCAGACAGUAAGUGGACAGCGUGUUACCAUGAAUAACCUCUCAAUGGUGGAACAGAACUUCAAAAAAGGACAGUUUCAUGUACGCUCCAAACGCAGGAAUGGACGUGUUAAAGUCACGUGCGAAGAAAUUCUUGUUGAGGAUUCAGGCAUUAAAUUUACACCUGCUACUUUUGAAAAUGGCCUAACUGCACAUAGCCUUGUUCCCAAGGUACAAUUUAAUCUGCAGCUGUCCGAAAAGGAGCGACUUGAUCGUGAAAAAGUUGUUCUCCCAUUUGAGCACCAAGGGAAUGGAAAACCCAUUGAAAUAUAUGAUGGAAGGAAAUCCCUGAAUGAGGACACAAAUAAAAAUGGGAAUGCUUCAACUAAGAUUAUUCAAACAAUGGAGGAUUCUGGCAGGGGUGAAAUAAUCUAUUUUCGAGAUUCAGAUGAUGAAAUGGCAGAUUCUGAUGAAGACCCUGACGAUGAUUUGGACAUUUGAUUUCCCUCUUUUUCUUUCUUUGGCCUGUGAUUUAGCAAAGUCAAACAAGGGAGCACUGCACCCUUGCAGUGGUGUUUCCGACCAGGUACCAAUAUUGUACCAAUGUCUGGUUGAACAAAUCAAGCAACUGAAAAAAAGCCUCAAAGGAGUGGAGGAGGAUGUGUGGGUCUCUUCUAUCAGCUAUUUGACUGGAAACGCAGGUUUGCCAAGAAGAAUUUUUUCCCCAAGAAAUUGCUUCCACCAGAUCUUUGUAAACAAGGUUCUAAGAAGUUCGUGGGAGAAGAGAGGCACCCGAAGCUUCGAUUGAUUGCAGAUGAGAACAUUGGGGGAUUUCCCAGCAAUAUGAAGACUAACAAGUUCUGCAGUGUUAAAUCUGAGAAGAAGAACGAAAUGCGACCUCCCGGUCUGGUUGCUAGGCUCAUGGGAUUGGACUCCAUGCCAGCUGUUUCAAGAGACAAUAAGCCAAGGAGGGUUUGUUUGAAUGAUCAAUCUUCUUCAGUCACAAAUGAGAAAGAAGAGAAUAAGUUUGAGGGGGAAGAUGGGGUUUUUGCGAAGAUGCGGGACUUCAGGC